GGUGUCGUUUUAAUGACCACUACAUGGCGCACACACUGCUGCCAUCUUCUCUUCUUCAGUCUCUCAGCUUUGGCAACCCUAAUUAAGAAUAUGUGAAGAUUCUCUCUCUAAGCCAAAUUGACACUACUUUUCCAAGCAAUUGACUUCUCAAGAAAGCAUCAAAGGAAAUGGCUAGUGAGCAUGAUGGAGAAAAAGCUGAGCAAAGCACAAAUCUGCAGGGUUUUACAGAAAUGGUAGUAGAACAAUAUCAAAAAAUCAAAGAGAAUGCAGAAACUUAUCCAUAUGUGUGGGGAUCGUAUAUAGUAGUGUAUGGUGGUUUUGCUCUGUGGACUACCUAUAGAUGGAGAAAACUUCGGAAGACUGAGGACAGAGUACGAGCUCUUCAAGAGAGACUCCGCAAACUUGUUGACUCCCAAGAGUCUGCAUCUACAACAACCCAAAAGAUUCCUCCUUCCAUUGAUAAAUCCCCCUCCCCAAAAUAGCUUAUACUCUUUAGCCUAUACCUCUAAGAAACAAGCAAUUUUUGAAGUUUUAAAUAUAAAACCUUUUUCCAAAUUGUUCGUAUCAUUUACCUUUCAGAAAGAAUCAAAGUUGUCAAGCUGUUGAGCAAAUUAUAGCUUUUGGGUCCUUGUUCUAUAGUUCAAGGAAUUUGUUAACUUUCAGAUUUAAUACAGUAGUGCAGAAAUUUUGCUUAAUGUCA